UAAACUAGUCUUGUGAGACCCUAGGAGGCUAGUCUUGUAAGAACUUGCGACUCUCCCACCAAAACCUCCUUUUUGGAACCACUCCAGUCUCCACGCUCUCUCUCACUCUUCCAAAACCCUAAAAACCCCCAAAACCCCAAAACCCUAGCCAGUUCCACCCCAACACCACCCAAAUCCAAGAAAGAUGUCGAUGUCUAAAAGUUCAAAGAUGCUUCAAUACAUCAACUACAGAAUGCGAGUGACCAUCCAGGAUGGCCGUCAACUCGUCGGAAAGUUCAUGGCAUUCGACCGCCACAUGAACCUCGUCCUGGGCGACUGCGAAGAGUUCAGAAAAUUGCCUCCAGCUAAGGGUAAAAAGAACGAAGAACGCGAAGAACGACGAACCCUAGGCCUUGUUCUCCUCAGAGGAGAAGAGGUCAUUUCCAUGACCGUAGAGGGUCCGCCCCCUCCCGAAGAGUCCCGCGCCAAAGCCGUCGGCGCCGCUGCCAUGGCCGGUCCUGGCAUCGGCCGUGCUGCCGGUCGUGGAAUCCCCACCGCUCCCCUCAUUCAGGCUCAGCCUGGCCUCGCUGGACCCGUUCGCGGAGUUGGUGGCCCUGCGCCAGGCAUGAUGCAGCCUCAGAUCUCGCGCCCGCCGGUGCCCCAGCUAUCUGCACCGCCCAUGACUUACCCGGCCGCGCCGGUAAUUCGGCCUCCCGGACAGAUGCCUGGAUACCCCGGGCAGGCACCUCCCCAGAUUGCACGUGGCCCACCGCCUCCCGUGCCUGCUCAGUUCGCUGCUAGGCCCGGAGGAGCACCGCAGCCUCCCUUCCAGGUUCCCCCACCGCAGUAUGGGGGCCGGCCAAUGGUGCCGCCCCCUCAGAUGAUGAGAGGUCCGCCACCUCCACCUCGGCCUGGAAUGCAGGCCCCACCACCGCCUCGUCCUGGAAUGCCACCUCCACCAGGCAGUGGUGUCCCUGUUUUUGGACCACCUCGUCCCGGCAUGCCACCUCCGCCAAAUCCUCCGCAACAGCAGUAGAAGUUUAGGGUUUUUGUGAAGAGUUUUAGUGGGCAGUGAUGAAGGUCUUCAUAGGAGCAUCUUGGAAUUUGCUUCGGCAUGUGUUGAAUUUGGUAGUGGUUUGGACUAAAACAAAGUGUAGCCUAUCUGUUAUUUUAGCAACAAUAUGACUGAUCAAUUGAAAUAGUUUUUAUGGAAGACAGUUUUAACUGUGAGCUUUACUUUGUUAGGGCUUCGGUGCACCAAUCUUGUAUGCUACAAAAUUCACCAGGGUAUGAGCUAUUUAUUGAGAUUCAA